AUGAAGUUUAUUCUACCGCUGGCGGUCGUUGCUCCCAUCGCUGAGGCUCAUUUAAUUCAGAGAGACAACAUUGACCCAUCCUCUAGAAGUUCUGUUAACACCGUUUACACAUUUAUCGGAUCUGGUUCUAGUUCAAAUGUCUUGCAAAUGCAAAGUUCUAGCUCCUCUCCUUCGGAAACUUCAGAUAGUGCGCGUGAAUCGUCUGCUUUAUCACAAUUGUUACAUGCAAGCACUGUUAGCGCACCCCAAAGCACUGAGUUUUCUAGCGCAAGCGUUACCUCAUCUCCUUCUAACAUGUCUGCAUCAGGCUCUUCGGACGCUUCUUCCAAAAAACACACCGGAACAAACACCGGUGAUAAACCUUCAUCAUCCCCAUCAUCUUCAUCUACCAAAUCUGCAGCUAGUUCUGGUGCAGCUAACCAUUUGGAUGUGCCUAUUAUGGCUGGUGGUAUUGCAGUUGCUGCCAUUGCCAUGUUGUGA